AUGCAGUCUUCACUGAACAAUUGGCUGAAGAAGCCAAGUCAGGACAGCCAGCCUGGACAACCCCCAAAUGCUCCCCCAAUUGUGUCGCCAAGGACGAACCGACCGCCACCUCCCCCAAAGUCAGUUUCAGCGCCUACGCGCGUGCCUUCCAACACAACGCCUACGCCCUCAGCAAUGGAGAACUGGAAUGACAUACCCGACGACUUCCUCCAAGCCCCCUCAAGACCGCGGUCCAAGAAAAGCCCUCGUCCGUCUCGAGCAGUCACGCCUGCCAUCUCGCGCAUACCUUCGCCCAUUUCCCUCUCCCCUCAGCAACCCGCCAUUCCACACCUCUUCGCCCUACGUCCCCUGCCGCCCAACGUCCAACUCGUACCCCUUACCGAAGACUUGUUGCCAGCAUUCAAGCGCUUGAACACCCUCACUCUUCCUAUAUCCUAUCCGGAGACCUUCUACAAAGAGACUAUGACAGAGCCACACCAUGGCAUUACCCUUGUGGCAGUGUGGCACUCUUCGCCCACCAAUGCCAAUUCGACAUCGCCUGCAGAGAAGCCAAACCUCGUUGGUGCCGUUCGAUGUCGCAUACUACCUUCCUCGCAAUUGUACAUUUCUACCAUCGGUGUCCUGGCUCCCUACCGCACCCACGGCAUCGCCAUGCAUCUUCUACAGGCUGUAGUGAAGAAGGCCGUCCAACUUCACAGUGUGCGCUGUGUCACGGCGCACGUGUGGGAGGCCAACGAGGAAGGCAUGGAGUGGUACAAGAAGCGGAACUUUGAGAUACUCGAGAAAGAAGAGGGCUAUUACAGAAAGCUGAGGCCGCAGGGUGCUUUCCUUGUCAGGAAAUGGAUCGGCGUUGGAGACCUUCUGGCCAAUGGUCCCCUUCAGCAAAAUGGGGCAGGCAGUGAAUGA